CGUCUACAUGCAAGCGGAACCUGUGUCCUCUUCUCACUGUUUUUACGUUCAGAGUCGGAAACAUUUGUACGUCGGACAAGCAUGGGUACCGGAGUAGCUGCAUGUCAGGUUUUGUUGCGGUGUCUGAGACGAGCCCCCUCAUCUGUACUCAGUCCUCCUCAGUUUGGAUCAUGCCAUCUCCAUCUGCCUCUGUGCAUCCGCUGCAGACUGUUGUGUUCCUCCAGCAGCAGUCAGAGCACUGCCCAGUCAACACAAAGCAACCGCAGUGAACUGACACCUUUAUCCAGGCAGACAGUCCCAGAGCUGUCCCUUCAGUCUUUGCUUGAUAUGGGUUUCACAGACCUUCAGGCAGAGCAGAUCAGUGAUUCUGUGUCCAAACUCAGAGGAACAAGUGCUGCCAGACAUGCUCUGUCAACUCUCACAGCUCUGUUUGUUUUGGGCCUCAAUCCUUCCAGUGUGCUUAAACUGCUGGAGAAAUGUCCUGACCUCUACACUUUCAAGGAGUCCAUGCUUCAGCAGCGUGUAGGCAACCUGCGAAAACUAGGUUUAGGUGAAGGCAGUCUUCAGAGAGUGGUGGCCUAUUGCCCUGAUAUCCUCACUGUGCCGGUGAAGACCAUAAAGCAUGUGGUGGUGUUCCUCAGAGAGAAGUGCCUGUUUACCGUCCAGCAGGUCACUGACAUCCUCAGAGAAAGUCCGGCUGUAGUUCUGGAAAACAGGAGUCAGCUGGAGUACAAGUUCCAGUACGUCUACUUUCGAAUGGGCGUCAAACAGGCGGAGAUGGUGAAGUCCAAGUUGUUCCGUUUCCCUCUGGAUGAAGUGCGCUGUCGACACUGUUUUCUGGAGCGCAGGGGCCUGUACGAGACCCCAGACAAGAAAGGACAGACGUUGAUCAUCAACCCAAAACUGGAAAGCGUCCUUAACGUUGACGAAGACACCUUCCUCUCUGACGUUGCCAUGGCAUCAACGGAGGAGUAUGAGGUGUUUAAGAGACUGAUGGCGAGAGAAUGUCUUGAAGAGGAGCGGCAGGUUGACGCUGAAAGUGAUGACGACAAAGAGGAGGAGGAGGAGGAGGAUGAUGAUGAAGAUGAGGAGGUUGAGGGAAAAAGUGCAUACAGGAAAAGAAGAAAAAGAUGACAUUUGGUGGAGGGACAGAGGGACCCUAAGAUACUUAAUAAGAACAUUAUAUAUUAGAGUGUAACACAUGAAUGAAUAAAAUAUUUCAAUUCAA